AUGGGAAAUUGCCAAUGUCAAAAAUAUUUUGAUUCAGAAUAAGAAUCUUGCAACAAUAAUCUUUAGGAAAUAAUCUUAGAUAUUAAUAAGAAAUAGGAGAAGGCGUAGGAAUUGUUCAUUAAAAUUAAAACUUAGCGACAAGAAUCUUUCUCUUUGUUUGAUUAUGAGAAUUAGAAUCAAUAAAAGGAAUCAAUCAUAAAAGUACGUGGAUUUAUAUUAAUAAGAUUAGAGAAGGAGGCUAUUUAAUAAAAAAUAAUAACGAGUUGUAAUGGAUAGAUGAAAACGUUGAUUGGAAUAAGUGUGUGAUUAAAUAAGAGCAAAUACUUUUCAGAAUUGAAAAAAUAAAUGGAGUGUUUACGAUAAUAAAUCAAAAGGGAGAAUGUAAAUAACACUUAGAUGAGGACAAGCAAUAACUCACAACCAAAAACAUUGGAGACAAUAGAGAUUUUCAAUAAUCUGAGAACCUGGAUUAGUUUGAAGGGGAAGAAUUUGAAUAAUCAUCGGAAUUAAUAAAAAAAUUUGGUAAUCAAUAUUAAAAGUUGAGUCAAAGUUAGAAAACAAACCCUAAAGUAUUGGAGAAGGGAAGUAAGUUAUGGCUAGUAGUUAGAUCGAUCUAAUAAAAAUUUAAAAACCCUGGAAUAAAAUUAAAAUAAGGGGAUCUAUUAAAAUUUGGAAGAGUUAAAUUUAAAAUUAGGGAAAUUCAACUAAAUAAAAGAGAGUUAUUGUACAUAUUUAUAUAAUUUAUAACUUUAAGAUGUGAUUCGGAUUCUGGUGGAUUGAGUCAAUCUGAUAGUGUUCUAUGUAGAAUAUGUUGUAGUAGCUCUGAUAGUUUAUAGAAUCCAUUGAUUAACCCUUGUAAAUGUACUGGAUCGAUCAAAUAUAUCCAUCUGAAUUGUUUGAAGAAGUGGUUGAAAUUGAAAUUCUAAACUAAACACAGCAAUCAUUGUAUGAUCUACAUGUGGAAAGAUUUAGAAUGUGAAAUAUGUAAGUUUAAUUAUCCACCAAUUUUUAAAAGUAAUGAACAUCAUUUUGAUUUGAUUGAAUUGAGUAAACCAAUAGAUCAAAAUUAUGUGUUGAUGGAAAUCAUUCAGAAUCAUCGUUAAGUAAAUACUUUAAGGUAUCAUUAAGGAUGCAAGAAACAAUAAGUAAAUUCAAGAUUAGACAUGGGCUUAAUGUAAUGGAGUCUACAUAAUUACUUUUAAUAAUAAUGGAGAUGAUAAGGCUAUAAAAACUAAUUAGUUAUAGAUUGGAAGAGCCAAUGAAAUGGAUAUUAAAAUAAAUGAUAUUUCUGUAAGUAGAAAUCAUGGAAUUCUGAAAUUAAUUGAUGGAAAAUUGUAUUUAAUGGAUAAUAGAUCAAAAUUUGGAUCAUUGAUAUUAAUUUAACAAAAAGUUAUACCAUUAGUACAAGAAUUGAAUGGAAUUGAAAUUUAGCUUGGAAGAACCGUUGUCCAAUUCAAUUUUGGAAAAGAUGAAUUAAGUGAGCAAUCUACUCUAUAAGUGUUAGAUUCUGAAGAUUUUGAGUAAUUAUAUUAUCUUAUCAUAAGGAAAAUCAUUGGUCCAGAUCCAGAAGAUGAAGAUCUCCCUUAUUUUCUAUGA